UGCUUGCAGGAACAUAGACUCGCGAGAUGUGUCGACGCGGUAUCUGAUUUGCCGUCGCUCUCGCUGACCCUCGUUCAAGGCGAGGCUGAGAUGUGGUCUUCUGCCUCCGUCUCGUCUGAGGAGCAAACGACGGUUCACGAGACGGCGACGGCGGGUUGAGAAAAAGUCAGAGGGCAAGGGGAGAGAGUCACAAGGAGGGCAGGCAACACUUUAUCUUAUCAGGUCGGCGUCGCCCUCGCUCUUCCCCAUUCCAUCUUUUUUCCCAUCACCACCGCCACCUACCUGCCUCCAUCAGCCAGACAGCAGCGCGAUCCAUCAUGAUCCGCAAUACGCUCCUCGUCGCCGCUGUCUCCCUCUUGAGCGCAGCUAAUGCAGCCAAAGUCGAACAAUGGUGGAAUGUCGGAUGGGUUGAGAACCAGAAUCCUGAUGGUCUCCCGGCCAGGCGGGUUAUUGGUGUAAACGGCACAUGGCCGCCUCCGAUCCUCAACAUCAACAGCUCCGACUCGCUGACCAUCCACGUCAAGAACCAGCUCAACGAUGGCAUGGGAACGGCGUUGCACUCUCACGGCAUGUUCUUCAACGGGACAGGCUACUACGAUGGUGCCGUCGGCAUCACGCAAUGCCCGAUCCCUCCCAAUGAGAGCUUCUCGUACGAGGUGCACAACUCGCCCAAGUCGCCCGCUGAAGCUGCCAAGCAGUGGGGUACAUUCUGGACUCACGGCCACUCGAUGGGACAAUACGUCGAUGGGCUCCGUACCGCCUCAAUCAUCCACGCCGACACGGCCGAGACGCAAGCUCACAAGUACGAUGAAGACUACACGAUCCUCAUGGCAGACUGGUACCACGCAACGCACGACAUCCUCAUGGAGCAAUUCAUGACCGACCGCAAUCCCACGGGCGCCGAGCCCAUCCCCGACUCAUCGGUCAUCUACUUUGCUCACACGAGCAACAACUCUGCUACGCCCACGCUCGUUCCCGGAUUCAACGAGGACGCCAAGCUCCAAUUCCAGCCGAGCAAGACGUACAGGCUGCGAUUGAUCAACAUGUCCGCCCUGGCUAUGUUCCAAUUCUGGAUCGACGGCCACGAGAUGAGGAUCAUCGAGGCUGAUGGAGUCGACACACAGGAGUUCCCCAUCGACCGCAUCUCCCUCUCGGUAGCCCAGCGCUACUCGAUCCUCGUCACGGCAAAGAACACGACCGACACCAACUACGGCAUGCACAUCAACAUGGACCCCGUCAUGUUCGACACCGUACCUGACUCUCUUAAACUCAAUGUCACCUCGCUCAUUGAGUACAAUGACAAGGCCGGUACCCCGGUCGCCGCCGAGGAGACGCGCGACUAUGACGACAUGAUUGACGACACGCUCCUCGUCCCUUACUACCCGGAGCCUUCUUACCCUGCCGACACCAGCCACGACCUCAACGUGUGGUUCGACGUGCGUGCCGACGGCAAGAACUAUGCCGCCUUCAACAACAUCUCCUUUGUCUUCCCCGAGACGCCCUCCCUCCUCACCCAAACCACCAUGGGAUCGGCCGCCCUCGAGCCUGCGGCGUACGGCCCCUCGUCGCAUGCCAUCGUCACCAAGCACGGCGACAUGGUUGAGCUGACCAUCUACAACUGGGACGCAAACGCCCACCCUUUCCACCUGCACGGCCACCAGUUCCAGAUCGUCAAGAAGACCAUGGACGCGCUCUCGGACGACCCGACCGUCAACCCUCCCCUCAAUGAGACGGCCCUCAGCCUGGGUAACCCCAUGCGUCGCGACACCGUCACCGUCCCCAGCGGAGGCGCAGCCGUCCUACGCUUCAGGUCGGACAACCCUGGCGCAUGGCUGAUGCACUGCCAUAUCGAGUUCCACUUGAACGCCGGCUUGGCCCUGAUCAUGAUUGAGGCGCCCGAGGUCGUCAACUCGAAGCUUCAGAUCGACCCAGCAGUGCAACGUCACUGCCUUGCUGACAAUAUUGCCGUCACGGGCAACGCGGCUGGUCUCAACUCGACGACGGACUUUGGCAAUUUGAAGAAGGAGGCCAAGUUCAUCAUCUCAGGGUGGACAAAGGAGGCUGUGGGAAGCGUCGUGGGAUGCGCCAUCACUGCUGCGCUUGGUUUGGCUGUGGUCGUGUACUUCGGCCUCAGCCAGGGGGAGGAGCAGGAGGACAAGGAGUAG